UGUCCACCAAGAGCUGGUAGCUGCCUGAGUCCGGCUGCAAGCGGGGCGCCGGCGGUCCGGGGCUCCCUGGCGCCACAGCCCGGGSGCGCUCGGCUCCCAGCACCCCGAGUCCGGGAGAAACGUCCCGACAGCGCGCUCCCAGGGAACCAGCGGCUCCGGGAAAAUGGUCCAUCACUUCUUGCUGCUCCUCCUUCUCCACUUGGUGCAAGCCACUGAGCGCCCCGAGAGUCGGGCGGAGGAGCAGAGCCUGGAGGCGGCCCUGGCGGUGCCCAACACCUCGCACUUCUUCUCCUGGAACAACUACACCUUCUCCGACUGGCAGAACUUUGUGGGCAGGAGGCGCUACGGGGCCGAGUCCCAGAACCCCACGGUGAAAGCCCUGCUCAUCGUGGCUUACUCCUUCAUCAUCAUCUUCUCGCUCUUUGGCAACGUGCUGGUUUGUCAUGUCAUCUUCAAGAACCAGCGAAUGCACUCGGCCACCAGCCUCUUCAUUGUCAACCUGGCGGUGGCAGACAUAAUGAUCACGCUGCUCAACACCCCCUUCACUUUGGUCCGCUUUGUGAACAGCACGUGGGUGUUCGGGAAGGGCAUGUGUCAUGUCAGCCGCUUUGCCCAGUACUGCUCCCUGCAUGUCUCAGCACUGACACUAACGGCCAUUGCUGUGGACCGCCACCAGGUCAUUAUGCAUCCUUUAAAGCCCCGAAUCUCUAUCACAAAGGGUAUCAUCUACAUCGCUGUGAUCUGGAUCAUGGCUACCUUCUUCUCGCUCCCUCAUGCUAUCUGUCAGAAAUUGUUUACCUUCAAGUACAGUGAGGACAUUGUGCGCUCCCUAUGCCUGCCAGACUUCCCUGAGCCAGCCGAUCUCUUCUGGAAGUACCUGGACCUGGCCACCUUCAUCCUGCUGUACAUUCUCCCUCUCCUCAUCAUCUCCGUGGCCUAUGCUCGUGUGGCCAAGAAGCUGUGGCUGUGUAACACGAUUGGCGAUGUGACCACCGAGCAGUACCUGGCCCUGCGCCGCAAGAAGAAGAAAACCAUCAAGAUGCUGAUGCUUGUGGUGGUCCUCUUCGCCCUGUGCUGGUUCCCUCUCAACUGCUACGUCCUCCUCCUGUCCAGUAAGGUCAUCCGCACCAACAAUGCCCUCUACUUCGCCUUCCACUGGUUUGCCAUGAGUAGCACCUGCUACAACCCCUUCAUCUACUGCUGGCUGAAUGAGAACUUCAGGGUAGAGUUAAAGGCAUUACUGAGCAUGUGCCAAAGACCCCCCAAGCCUCAGGAAGACAGGCCACCCUCCCCAGUUGCCUCCUUCAGGGUGGCUUGGACAGAGAAGAGCAAUGGUCGGAGGGCUCCACUAGCUAAUAACCUCUUGCCUUCCUCGCAACUCCAGUCUGGGAAGACAGACCUGUCAUCUGUGGAACCCAUUGUGGCAAUGAGUUAGAGGAGGUGGGGAGAAGCCAGGGGAGGAUCUGCCUCCAGCUGAGAUUGGAAAAUGGCCUAUCCUCUUGUGCAUGAUCUUCACAGUGCUGGAAACAAGUUCCUACAGAAACAGUAGGACUCUUGAGUUCCUAGGAAACUUCCUGGCCUUCUAGCCCCAUUUGAAGUGCAAACUAAAAUUCAGUUACCAACUAGGCAUCUGUUCAUAAAUUCCUAUUUAGAAAAUGCUAUGAGGUAUAGCACCCUGGAUCUCUGAGCAAGAGAACCAAGGCAACCUCAGCUCAGAUGGGGGCUCAAUCAGUCAAUGGACUCCAACUGUUGGGCAGCUACCUUAUAGCCCUUCUGACUACUGAGCAUCCACAGAGGAAACUUAAAGUCAUCCUUUGGGUGCAGCUGACCCACAUGCASAGAGCUCUGCUGAAAACAGAUUCGCUGGCCAGUGAGAUGUUAGCAA